CCGCCCGCCCCGCGCCUCCUCCGUGGCCGCCCCGCCGCGCCGGGGAUGCGGCAGCCGCCGGGCACCGCCGGGCCCCGGACCCCAUGGGAUGCGCCCGCCGUUCCCUGGCUGAAGUGUUUGGUUUCCAAAUGUCUGGGAACAGCUGUGGGCUGGAUGGUGGGAACGUGGCCUCCGAGGUGUAGGAUUCUGGCAGAGCUGGCCAUGAUGUUAUGGUUCCUGGCGGGGGCCCUGUUCCCAGCGCUGCUCCUGGCUGCCCCACCGCCCAUAAACAAGCUCGCCCUCUUCCCCGACAAGAGCGCCUGGUGUGAGGCCAAGAACAUCACCCAGAUCGUGGGGCACAGCGGCUGCGAGUCCAAAUCCAUCCAGAACAGGGCCUGUCUGGGACAGUGCUUCAGCUACAGCGUCCCCAACACCUUCCCCCAGUCCACAGAGUCCCUGGUCCACUGUGACUCCUGCAUGCCAGCCCAGUCCAUGUGGGAAAUCGUGACUCUGGACUGCCCAGGCAACGAGGAGAUCCCCAGGGUGGACAAGCUGGUGGAGAAGAUCCUGCACUGCAGCUGCCAGGCCUGUGGGAAGGAGCCCAGCCACGAGGGAGCCCUGUUCAACGUGUACCUGAACGCCGAGGAGAACAUGGCCCACGAGGGGCCCGCGCCCCACCACUACCCCCACCACCAGCAGGAGCUGGAGGAGCCGCCCUCCAGCCACCACCACCACGAGGAGGAGGGCGAGGAGUGACCCUGUGGACUGUCCUGGCGGGGCUCUGAGGGCUGGGCCGGGCUUUGGGGAGGGAGGGGGGUGCUGGAGUCUUUCCUGUCAAAUCGCUGCCCUCGCGUCGCCCCCGACCCCGGGGGCACAGGCAGGGCUGAGGCUGGAGCUGCAGGCUGAGACACGAGGGCUCGGCCUUCCCAGAUGCACAUAAUAAUAAUGAUGAUGAUGAUGA